AUGUCGACGACUGUGCUGCAUGAUCAAUGUGGCAUGUAUUCCGACUCGGACAACCUCGCGAUCCUCGCGGCGUGGGCAGGCUGGUUCGACCGGCCGUUUUUGCUACAACAGGAUAGUAAUAUCCAGCGGCGCCGCGCAGACGGCGUCACGGCGGGCCGCGUGGGCAGGCAAUUUCUGGGGGCAGAGGCUGUUCGACCUCUCCCAGAGCUGCUCGACCGACGCCUCCGCAAAAACUUUCAGCGGACGGCGACCGAGAUGUUCGCCCCUCGUGGCACGGCGGCUCUUGAACCCAGGCUGCGGCGCAAACUGAACAGCUCGGACGAUUCGGAGCUCGUGCUGCACGGCGUCCGGCUGGCGGCCAUGCGCCCGGCGCUGCAGCAGGCCUGCCGGGAAGUCGUCAAAGGAGACCGGCGCGCGCGCAGCGUCUACGACGCGGCGCAGGCGCGGUGGCAGUGGCCAUUCGCACUGGCCGCGGCGACGCGGCUGCGCUUAAGCUGGUUCUUCUUUGGAUGCUCGAAGGGGUUCAUUAUGCUUUCUUGGGAGUGGGUCAGCGCCGCUCUCGGCCACGUGGGCCUCCCAGCGCUGCUCUUGCCAGGCGUUCAGCGGCUCGUGCACGCGCGCCGCGCUUUUCUGACGCGGUCGGGCGACGUGCUCCCACUUGUGAGCUUCUUCGCUGGGUACUCGCAAGGUCGGGUACGCGAGGUGGGUCCGCCGAGAUUUGCGUCACUGGAUCAACACGCCGCGGCUGUAGAAUCGGGGCUCAUCUCGUUGGACAGGGUCUUGUGGACGUGCGUACCCGUCGAAGUUCUUGGAGCGAUGCCUCGCGUAUUUGAGUGUGCUGAGGCAGCCGCCAGAGCGCUCGCGAGUGCCGUCGCGGCAGCCUGCGCGCGUCUCAGACGCGCGCAGGCUCUGCCGCGCUGGGAGAAGGCGAUUUGGCUCGUCAAGGCGAGCCCCAGCGACGAACACGACCUGGGAGUUCGCGGUAAGGGGUGCGCCUUCGCGGGUGUGAUCUCGAGGUCUAGGCGCGCGGGAUUGGAUCAACGCGCAGGGGUCGGCGAGGGCGCCCCGCAGCGGGGCUCAGAGGGCAGGGCGUUGAGGGAACCGCACGGGAUGUCCGACCAGUACGACAGAGUGUUGUUAAGGCUUAGCAGUGCUGAGGACGACAAACUGGAUCCCAUCCUGGAGAAGCUGCUGCCCUUGGUGUUCGAUGAGCUCUUGACGCAAACAGAUGCCGCGCUGCGGACGAAGAUCGUAGGCGUCCUGAACCAUGUCCUGACGCGGGUGAAGGGUAAUCAGAAGAUCAAGCUGCCCGUGCUCGGCAUCGCGGAGCGGUGGUUCGCACCCAGGCUGGCCACGUCGCCAAACGCGCCCUUCUUCCGCAACCUGUCGAUCAUCUUCCUGGACUUGGGCGUGCCCCGCCUCGCGGCGGUGGAGCAGAUUGACCUCGCCCUGUUCGUGAUGGAGAAUUUCGCCAGGCUGGCCGCAGGCCAAGACCGACCUGUGCUCUUCCUUGCGGCGACCUUUGGCUUAUCGCAGAUUGCGGUAGAAGGUCUUCGAAAAGACCAGGUGCCGCGCUGUCUCGCGCUGCUUUGUGGUAAACCAGCCGAUGACCCUGGGCUCGUGGGUUUUUUCAGUGCUGCUUCGGAGUUCCUCCUGAUCCCCAGCUCGGCGCCCCAGGCCCCUGCCGUGGCCGGCAUGUCGUCGAGCUGCUGGGUGCAUUGGAAGGCGCGGCUGAAAACGAAAGCGGCUGCGGACAUGAUCGCGCUCAAGAUGUCAAUCCUCAGGUGGCUUGGAUCCCUGGGCGCGUCCGCGCCAGCGUCGUUGGUGUACUUGCCCUCACUCAUGGCCACGUGCGAGAACUACGAGGCCGUGAGCAACGCGGCAGACAGCAACUGCAAGCGCCUCGACCCGGAGCUGGACCUGUCCGCGGACACGGCGCUCCUGGGGCGCUUGGUGUGUUCCGCGCUCACGAGCUCUCCUCCAGGGCUGGAGGACGCGGCCGGCCCGUUCGCCGUGGAGACCAAGUCGUCCGUGCCCGCGAAGCUCCGGAUCCGGGUGGCCAGCCUGCUGCAGCGGUCCCAGGGAAUCGGGGGCCAAGAGCUCUUCAGGCACGUGGUCCACCUGGUACGGCAGGGCCUUCGCGACCACGAGACGGUGCAGAUCGCCGUGCAGCAGCUGGCGCUUGUGCUCGCCGAGAAGAUCGAACCCGAGCUAUUGGUGCCGACUGCCGCAGACGUUCUGCACGAAGUGGAGGCCGUCUUCUUCCCCGACGGCGGCCAGGUGCUGGUGAACCCCGCCUCCUCGCUUUCCUUCCGCGUCUACGGCAGCUUCGCCCGCCACCUCUCUGAGCAGCCCAGCCAGGAGGGCCGGGCCUUGGCGUUGCGAGGCGCCCCACGGAUGCUCGCGCUGCUGGCCAUGAACGACUCCGCGGCGCAAGACAUCCUGGAGGCGCUCAGUGGACUGGUCUCCUGCAUGGUCGGCGCCAUCGAGGAGGAGUACCGCCAGUUCGUCCCCCUGCUCGACCGCCUGGUGACCACCCCGAAGGCGGUCGUGCGCCGCGAGGUGCUGAGGUGGUCGACCACGCUGUUCCCCGCGUCCGCUCCGGAGGGCCGGUACUACGCCCUACGGCUGUUCAACGACCUGGACCCGGACAUCUCCAGGUCGGCUGAGACCGCCCUCGCGGGCGGCGGGCGGGAGGUGCCGCGCUUCGACACCAUGUGCAGCUUCCUGGCCGCUCGCGCGGUCGACGCGCCGGAGGGCGGCUGCGCGGACCGGCUGCAGGUGCAUUGCGCCAAGCUGGCAGAGGUCUCUCCCGAGCUGCCGCCCUUGGCGUCCAACUUCACGUUGCGGGACGUGGCGCGCGCCGUUGCCUUUGUGCUGAGGCUCGCGGACGCCGAGGGCAUCGCCUGCGCAGGCGGCGCCAUCGGACCGGACCCGCCGCAAGCGAAGAGGCCGAGACUAGCAGACGGCGCGAAGCUGGCGGAGGCCCCGGAGGGGGCGCGGAGAGGGGCCACCCAGGCAGGGAGGCGUAGCUCUGCACAGCUCCCGCGCGCAGCGGCAGCCGGGAUGUCCCUCGCGCCCAUGCAUCCGGGGCUGUUUCGGCAGCGGCUGCUCGAGCUCGCCUCGGAGUACGAGGGAUUGCACGCGGAGGUGCCGGCGGCGCCGGCCGAUCCGACCGAGGGCGGGGUGGCGGCCAGCCUGGGCGAGGGCGAAAGAGCCGGGUCUGGCAGUGGGAGCACGAUGCCGCCAGCUCAGGCCGUGCCGCCGCCGACGACGUGGCCUUCAAUGAUAUCGGAUCUCAGCGACAACAGCCAUUAUAUCGGCGGGGACACCUUGGCCCAGCCUAACAGUGGGACAGUGGCGCGGCAUCGAAUCCCCCUUUUCCCGAUGAAGCUUUCGCGGAGGGAUAGUGCAAACACGCAGAGGUCGGAGAGGACAUCGGUCGCAAUAUCGGAAGCUCCCUCAGAAGACGGACGAACCAGAGCCCCAAACCAAACCCAAUCCACAUCCCAGCUCUCCAUCUUCAGCAAGCAUGUCCGCAGUCAGUUCGCGAAGAUGAACAGUCAGUCUUCAGCCGAGUCUGCCACCGCAUCUCAGACAGCAGAGAUGAAGUUUAACGAUAUGGUCAGAAAGUCGAUGACUUUCACUGACGGGUUGAGAACCUCAAGCAGGUCGCUACAGCAGUCUGAGAAACGGCCUUUCGCCUCAUUUGUAAAGAGUCGCUGCUUCGCCGUGGCAUCCGCGUUGUUGAUCAUCAUGAGCACACUCCUGAUUGGUAUUGAAACCCAGGUUCUGUCUGCCCUAUCCCACCAAGGUUCAGACUCGGACCACCUGCUAAAUGUCCUAUCGGCCGCGAACUACAUUCUCACUUUUAUGUUCACGGUGGAAGUGGUCUUGCGAAUACACGUUUUAGGGGUCAUGCACCCUAGAGACAGGAUGUGGAAUUGUUUCGACAUUAUCAUCCUUUCCCUAGCGCUUGUGGAGGUUGCCUUGGAUAUAUUCGUGCACACGCUCGCAGGCAACGAACGAAACCCCUUCGAUCAUGGUGGAAUGGCGAAGAUGCUGCGCCUAUUUCGCCUUACUCGGCUUCUUCGCAUCGUCCGAACAUUUCGCCAAUUGAAGCCUCUGCGGGUGCUUGUGCACUCCAUUGUCUCUGCUGGCAAGUCUGUUUUUUGGGCGCUGAUGCUGCUCAUCAUGAUCGUGUUCGCCUUCGGAGUCAUCUUGACGCAGGCUGUGACACAGCAUACUAAAGGUGGCACUCGAGUCGAUGAUGAGGACCUGCUACUUUUCUACGGGGACCUUUUCCGGUCAAUGCUGAGUCUUUGGAUGGCCGUGUCUGGGGGCAUCAAUUGGCAUGAGCUCACCGCGCCGUUGGUGGAGACUGGAGAUGCCACGUGGAUGAUGCUCUUUCUUGUCUACAUUACCUUCGUGUAUUUCUUCAUCGAAGGGCAGCGGAUUCUGUCAGAACGCAAUCGAGGGGGCCCAAACGGAUUUGGACCUCACCAUUGA